AUGGAAGACAGGAUCAGUGCGUUGCCCAACGAUUUGCUCGUCAAGAUUUUGUUGCAUGUCUCGACCAAACAUGUAGCGUCCACCAUGAUUUUGUCAAAACGAUGGCGUUUUGUCUGGGCUAAACUCGAGUACAUAGAGGACACUGAUGAUCAACGCGCACGCGACAGCGCAUGUAGCUUUCUUGACAAGGCAUUGGAACUUCACAAAGAAUCUGUAUUAGAAACCCUACGUAUCGAUAUCAAGGGAAGUUUAUUCAUUGACGUUGAUGUCGACUUCGAAAAGUGGAUCGCAAACGCAGUUGAUCGCCAUGUGCGCGUGCUAGAGUUCGAGCUUCUCAAAUCCAGAAAGCUUACCAACUUGCCGAACAGUCUCUACACGUGCAAAACACUCGUGGAAUUGACUCUCUCACACAAUGUCCUUGUAGAUGUUCCGUCCGCCCCUUGCCUCCCAUCUCUCAAAAAAAUGUUACUUUUUUUGGUGGUGUACAAAGAUGAAGACUCUCUUUUAAGGCUUGUAUCGAAUUGCUCUGUUCUUGCUAAAUCGACCAUAUCCUUCUUCAUCUCUGAUCGCUGGAAAGAAAAUACCUCGAUCAAGAAUAUCCAUCUGACCAAGGAUCAGCCUUGCAUUCACAUUUUUUGUCGCGCUGAUAACAAGAUUCUCAGAUCGCUUUCCUUGGCCACGUCUCUCGCUUUAUGUUUGAAAUUUCCUAUGGUACCAAUCUCCAUCUCUACCCAUCUCUCUCUCUCAUUUUUUGUUGAAGACUGGUCGUUGACUCGUUACUGUGAUCACAUUAAUUUCAAUCACCGCAGGCUAUGGAUUUUAGUGGGAUUACCUUCUCUCAUCUUCGGUUGUCUACGCUAUAUGCAAAGGCCGAUGGCUGGUCGAGUCUACUUCUACUUAUUCUCAGGAACUCUCCUAAACUACGGUUUCUCCAUAUCAGUUCUGUAA